GCAGACGGACCAUAUUUGGAACACGAGCCACCGUGAAGGGGCGGGGCUCCUGCUUCAAGACAGCUCGCAGACAAACGGAGGAAGAAGGAAAGGAGAGGAAAAGUUUAGGUUUCUGCGAAGAAGACGUGAAAUUGUUCCCAGAAACGGUUCUGCUGAUUCUGACUCACCCGAUCAGGUUCUGCCUUAUCUGUGACUUGAUCUGCUGUCGGCACCAGAACUUUGUCACGGGCUGAGCUUAUUAUUGGUCAGCCAACUGACUGAAAGGACUCUGAUUGGUUGACAAGCUCUAGACCUCGUUGACCCGAGUCCAUGGCAGCUUCAGAACUGAUCGAGGAAGACGUUCGGAUCCCGGUGGAAGCCAUCGUGACCUCCUUAAACUCCCCAGCACAGACUCAUCCUCAGAGGGUUGCCAACGGUAACCCUACCCGCCACGCCUUGACGCUGUCGCCCCCCGCUGACGACCACGACGGUACGAACAGGAGCGAGCGCAGCGGGCUGUGCAGCCUGGUGCUGAUCCAGUCUCUGAACAGGAAGCUGAAGAGACGCUGCGAGUACGAGAAGAUCUGCGCGAAGGAGGAGCACACCGACCGCCUCCCCAACGAGUGGUGGAAGACGGGCGUGGCCUUCCUCUACGCCCUCUUCAACCUCGUCUUCACCACCGUCGUCAUCACCAUCGUCCAUGAGAGGGUGCCGGACAAGUCGGUGAGCCCGCCGCUGCCCGACAAGUUCUUCGACUACGUGGACCGGGUUCCCUGGGCCUUCACGGUCACCGAGACCAACGGGCUGAUCCUGGUGGGACUCUGGCUGAUCCAGUGGCUCUUCCUCAAACACAAAGCCAUCGUGGGGCGCCGAUGUUUCUUCCUGAUCGGGACGCUCUACAUGUAUCGCUGCGUCACCAUGUACAUCACCACGCUGCCGGUGCCUGGGAAACACAUGGUCUGCGCCCCGAAGCUUUACAACGACUCCAAGGGGAAGAUUUGGAGGAUCCUCCGGCUCAUUUCGGGAGGAGGUUUGUCGCUGACUAGUUCUCACCUCAUGUGUGGAGACUUCCUGUACAGCGGCCACACCGUCAUGCUGACGCUGUCCUACCUCUUCAUCAAAGAAUACUCUCCCCGCUGGAUGUGGUGGUACCACUGGUUCUGCUGGGCCCUCAGCAUCUCCGGAGUCAUCUGCAUCCUCGUGGGUCACGAGCACUACAGCAUCGACGUGGUCAUCGCCUACUUUGUCACCACCAGGACCUUCUGGUGGUACCACACCAUGGCCAACACUCAUGAGCUGCGUGAAGCUCCAAACAACUACCUAUCCAGGGUGUGGUGGAACCCGGUCUUCAACUUCCUGGAGAAGAACGUCCAGACGACGGUCCCGGUCGUGUUCCUGUCGCCGCGGGCCCUGCUGUCAUCCUGCAAAGAGAGGUACCAUAUGAUUGGCAUUGAGAGGGAUGAGUGAGAACCGGAGAGGGUGGAAGGAAACCCACCUGAGCUCCAGAUGGACCCUGACUGUAGAACCAACCUGGUACCUGUCUGCUGUGCUGUGAGGAAGAAGAGCUGGAGAAGCUGUGGAGUUCAUCUUCCUGCCUUCAAAAAGCAGCAGCUUUCAGUCAGUGUUGGUGAAUUUGGAGCGGGUCAGCUGCAGAACAAACGAAGUCCCCGGAUCUUCACGCUGAGGAGCAAAAAUACCUUUUUUAUCAUGAAAAACUGCUCCUGAAAACACAGUGACCUUUAAACUCUUCAGACUGACCUUUAAUGAGAUCUUCUCUUCUUCUUGUUAUAAGAUGAAAAUGUUCUGGUUGAACUUCGGGUCACGGUACCAAGAAGCUGCCGAGACUCACAUGAGUUCAGUUAGUCAGACCGUGUCCCAGGGAGGACUUUCACAGCUGAUCUUAAACAUUGUUUGGUCUUUGUUACAUGGAAAAGUUUCUACUGCAAUCCGAGCAGGGUUCUGUUGGACCUAAACGGCGCCAUAAGAAAGUAUUCCCCCCUAACUUCAUUUGUUUCCCAGUUAUUUGUCUCUCAAAUGUUUCAGAUCAUCAGACCAAGAAAACCUGAGUACAUAAAAUGGGUUUUCAAACUAUUUCAUUCAUUCAGGGCAAAAAAAAAACCCAGUUCAGCCCGACCCGAACCGGUGAACCUGGUGCCUGGUUGCUCCUCCCUCUGCAGCAGCAGACACCUGCCUGGGAGCCUUUUACUUCCCUCUGCAGGAACACAUUUUCAUUACAAUUCAGCCACCUUCCAGGUUUUAUCAGCAUGAUCUUAUUUAAGAUUACUCCAAAGGAUGCAGGUCUGUGCUUUGACUAGGCCACUGUAAAACCUUUUUAAUUUCCAGAUGUUUCACCUCCUGUCUGUAGGUUGCCUAGAAGUUCUGUGAUCCGACCCAACACCAUUAGGUCGUGUUAAUAUAGGAGCAGGACAUACGGACAAGCUCGUAAGUUUACAUACCCUGGUAGAAUAUAGGAUUUGUUUUUAGAGAAAAACUUUUCUUUCAGUCAUGGUUGGUGUUUAUUUGAGCUAUUUAUUAUCAAAGCUGUUAAUUCUUAAUAAAUCAUUGACCCAGACCAACAGUUUCUAGUAGUGCUGUGGGCCGUUCCCUUUAACGACGACAGCCUGCAGGGUUUUCUGGUCGUUUUGGGUGAGACUGGAUCUCAUUGGGUAAAUCAGCCCAUUCUACCUGUCAAAAAGCCUCCAGUCCCAGUGUGUUUCAGGCGGAGCCUCCACCUUCUGCAGCAUCCCAGCUAAUAAAUGUCAUUUUACCUCCAGGAUGUUCCAGAAACGUCCCACCAGCUUCCCAGCCCGACCAUCAUCGAUCCACCUCUGUGUUUCACAGCAGGAAUGGAAAACUUCAGAUGUAGCGUUGAAGGUUUGGGGCAUAAAGUUCAUUUCUGGUCUCAGGUUUAGAGGGUUGGUGCCUUGUUACCGGGCAGAACCAGAACAUGCUUCUUUCUUAUUGUUUCUUCUUUGAAGUUUUCCUUUCAGACAGUCUUUUAAUGUCAGUUGAUGUUAUCUGAGAGUUCCUCUUUGCUUCCUGAAGUCUCCAACAGUUAUGACUGACUUUCAACAGAAUACCUCAUCCUCCUCCCCUCAGAGUAUUUACACCGAUUAACAUUUCUGAACUCUUGGGUAUCUUUUUGUAUUAUUAUUCAUAUCAUUCAUUUUCUGGCCCCAAAACCUGCCGGGGUCAGUAAGACGUGAUGAAGAUGGAAGCGAGCAGCCAAGACUUGGAUGGAGGAACUUCUCUUUAUUUUCACACUAAUGAAAUAUUGACACCAAAUCAGGAAAAGAAAUGUAAAAUGAAAACUAUCUCCAGGGAAGGAAACAUGUAGAUAAACAUGGAAGAUUAAACUCUGCAAGGUUUUUGUCUCAGA